UAGAAUUGACACCCUUUUCUCUCUCCACUUUAAGAAUCACACCACUCGCCAACCCAACCAUAAAUGUCCUUCAUUUAACAUGUUUGUUUCACUUUUGUACCUUCAAUUUGUGUACUAAUCAACAAACACAUAUUUCUUCUAAUGGAGAACCUGUUGGGUCUGCUCAGAAUCCACAUCCACAGAGGUGCAAAUCUUGCCAUCAGAGACGUCAGGAGCAGUGAUCCUUACGUUAUUGUCCGAAUGGGCAAACAGAAAUUAAAGACUCGCGUAGUGAAGAAGAAUGUGAAUCCUGAGUGGAAUGAAGAUUUAACACUUUCUAUUGCAGACCCAAAUCUCCCAAUCAAACUUUCAGUCUACGACAAGGAUACAUUCACCCCAGAUGAUAAAAUGGGAGAUGCAGAGUUUGACAUUAAACCGUUCAUAGAAGCCGUAAAAUUGCAGUUGGAGGGCAUCCCUAGCGGUACCAUAAUCAAAAUAAUAAAACCUACCCGCGAAAACUGCCUAGCAGAAGAGAGCUGCAUCAUCUGGGCAGACGGCAAAGUUGUUCAAAACAUGUUUCUCAGACUGCGAAAUGUGGAGCGCGGUGAGGUGGAGCUGCAGCUGCAGUGGAUAGAAAUUCCUGGUUCUAGGGGCUUGUAGAGAUCAUCAUACAUUGUGUCUGUUAUUGCUCUACUUGUUGUACAGAGGUUUGGAGCAUAUCAUAACAUGGCAUUGAUGGCACUAGCUUGAGCUCAAGUAGUUCUUAGAAAGUGGUGUUUUUGCAGUAUUUUCCCAUGUAUCAAUGUCAAUCAUGUAAUAAUAUGUAUGACAAUCUAUAAAUUUUCGAAAUAUGUAAAUAAUCUAUAGGCUUUGUCGUGUAUGUGAAGACACUUUGUUGGUUUAGAAUAUAAUUUGCCUCAACUCGUUUGAAAA